GUUUUUUUAAAAUACGAGGAUAUGUGAAUAUUAUUUGCUAAAUGUGUCCCAUCUUACUCCACCCUCUUAUAUAACGUUGGUUAAUCAUAAGUUACCUAAUAUUCUAAAAAUAAACAUUUUAUUACAUGACGUCAUCUGAAGAAAAAGUUCAAAUGUUGAUGACCACGUCGUCUUAUGACGUCACUACAACGACUAACAUGGAAGUAUUGGGCACGUCAGUGAUUUACAAUGAAACAACUACAUCGAAAAUAUGUUCAUGUGACGUCAUUUCCAAGGAAACGACUCCAUCGUGGGCGGUAGGUUUGUUGGCUGUGUUGUCAAUAUCCGUAGUGACAUUGCUUGCAGCCGUUGUGUAUUUGAUCCAAACAAGGACAACAGCACUUGCUGAUUCUCCGAAGGCGGUGAUCGAACCAACUGUCAGAGUUUCGGAAUCCAUUUCUCCCGACAUGACAACAGCAGCAGCUAAUGCGCGGCAGUUUUACCAAAAUACCAAAGUUUCAAAUGUGACAGAAGAUCCCGUCGACGAAAACCAUUACGAUAGCUUGCAAUGAGAUUUUUUACGAUUAUAAGUUCUGUUGCCUUUAUCUUGCAGUUUACGUUUAAAGUAAUGUUAUAAUCACAAUACAUCAUUAAUCAAUGUCAACAUUCCGGAUACGAAUUACUUCAUGAAAGACUGUUCUCAUGAAAACUGACUUCUCUACCCCCACGUUAAACGAGGUUAAUGAUAUAACGCUCAGCCGCUGACAUCAAAUAGUUUUCAAUUUUAAAACAUUACGUCUCAUUACUGUCACGUGUUCUGUUUUGAUAUAUAAUUCGCUUUUUGCUUUAACACAUAAACAAGAACUACCCAACUAACGCAACUAUCCGCACUGAGACUUCGAGAUUAGUGUAGGCUCAUGGCGGGCUCUUACAAGCCCUUGCCCGGCCGCCAAUUAAGCUUUUGCUCGAUAUUAAAUCGUGUACUAUAUCAGAAAAAAGAAUAAAUUUACCCAAGAUAUCAUGAACUGUUCGGUCUUUAGUUAUAAAAGCAAU